ACAUCCUUUCUCCUUCAAUUUCUCUAUUUUCCCAACUUCUUUUCUUUAAUUCCUUCGUUCCUUGAGUCGAGUGAGAUCGAAAAUGGGGAAGGUAGCUGUCGGGGUGGCGGUGAUCGGGGCCGCAGCGGUGGUGGCCGGUGCGGCGCUGGUGGUGCGUCAGCGGAUGAAGAACUCUGGGAGGUGGGCGUGUGCGAGGGCGUUGGUGAAGGAAUUCGAGGAGAAAUGUGGGACCCCCGACGCCAGAUUGAAGCAGAUUGCAGACGCCCUUACUGUUGAAAUGCAUGCUGGUUUGGCUUCUGAGGGCGGCAGCAAGCUCAAGAUGCUCAUCAGCUAUGUCGAUAAUCUCCCCACUGGUGAUGAGGAAGGAAUCUUUUAUGCACUAGAUCUUGGUGGGACAAACUUCCGUGUAUUGCGCGUUGAGCUAGGAGGCAGGGAGCGUGGCGUUGUCCAUCAGGAAUUUGCCGAGGCAUCAAUCCCCCCAGCGCUGAUGAGUGGGAGCUCGGACGCACUUUUUGACUUUAUCGCGGAGAAGCUUGCUUCAUUUGUGGCUGACGAAGAACGAAUUUAUGAACAGCCUGCUGGGAAGGAGAGGGAGUUAGGUUUCACUUUCUCGUUCCCGGUGAUGCAGAACUCGAUAAAUUCUGGAACUCUAAUUAGGUGGACGAAAGGAUUCUCUAUUGAUGACACGGUUGGCCAAGAUGUGGUAGUUGAAAUAACGAAAGCCCUGAAGAGAAAGGGCGUUGAUAUGCGGGUGGCUGCAUUGAUUAAUGAUACGAUCGGGACAUUAGCAGGAGGGAGACAUUCUGAUCCAGAUGUCUCUGUUGCUGUAAUAUUGGGCACUGGAUCGAAUGCUGCAUAUGUCGAACGUGCUCAAGCCAUCCCUAAAUGGCACGGUCCUUUGCCUAAAUCUGGAGAAAUGGCGAUAAACAUGGAGUGGGGCAACUUCAGAUCGUCGCAUCUCCCACUGACUGAGUAUGACAGCGCAAUGGAUGUUGAAAGCCUGAAUCCGGGUGAACAGAUAUUCGAGAAGCUAAUUUCUGGGAUGUACUUGGGAGAAAUUUUACGCCGCGUUUUGCUUAGGUUGGCUGAGGAAGCAUGCUUUUUUGGCGAUGAAGUUCCGGCCAAACUCAAAAGUCCAUUCAUUUUGAGGACACCUGAAUUGUCGGCUAUGCAUCACGAUACAUCGCCUGAUCUGAAGGUGGUUGAUGACAAACUGAAGAGUAUACUGGAGAUAUCUCAUACCUCGGUGAAGAAGAGGCGGGUUGUGGUGGAGCUCAUCAACAUAAUAUCGUCGCGUGGGGCCCGCCUUGCAGCCGCGGGGAUCUUGGGGGUGCUGAAGAAGUUGGGGAAGGACGUUAACAAGGAGAAGACUAUAAUAGCCAUGGAUGGCGGGUUGUACGAGCACUACACGGAGUACAGGAAGUGCUUGGAGAGCACGGUGUUCGAUCUGCUCGGGGACACAACUGGAACAAGGGUCGUGUUCGAGCACUACGUUGACGGGUCGGGCAUCGGCGCAGCCCUCAUCGCUGCCUCCCAUUCACUUUAUCUCGAAGAGAAGUUUUGAAUUGCCGCUGCCCUCUCGAAUUUAUUUAUUUUCUUUGCUUGCAUUAUUUUUAAAAAGGGAGAGAAAUCUUAGUUCUCUUUUAGACAUACAGAUGAUGAUACAGUGGACUUGAAGGGUUUUUCAUUUUUUGGCAGAAAUAGGAGAAAUAAAGCAUUUCGUUUAGAAAUCAAGGCAAAUUACAGGAAUUGGCAUGACUAAUAUCCAAUUCUAAAUAUUGCAAAUUUUACUUUGAUUUAAA